AUGGCAAAAGAUGUCAGGAACCCCGAGUUCUGGAACAAGUUUAUGCAGCGGCCGGAGGUGCAGGCAGCCAUGCGAUCCAAGCUGAAGUACGAAAGCGCCGCAGAGGCUGCCCAGCGGACGAAGCUGGACAAACUGGAGCGCAAGCAACGGAGGUACGAAAUCAUGAACGAGCUGAUGAAGUGUGCAACCAACGUCAAGCACCUGAUCUCACCGAUGUUCCGGUACAAGAUCACACAGCAGUACCUGUGGAAGGUGCUCUGCGAAGCCCGGAAGGAAGGUCUCCUCUUCUGCGACAAGCUCAGGCAGCCGCAGGUGUACCACAGACUUCAGGCCAUCAAGGCCGAGAUUACUGCUGGUCCGUAUGGUGUCGCCGGCUGGCAGGCAGAAGAAGAGGUGGAGGAGGACUUGAUGGACAAGAUGGUCGUGGAGGCAGAUUGCAUUCCUGGCGGCAUUGACGGUGAGGCCCCAGACAGGAAGCAGGUUUUGGACAGGCGCGAGAUCCAGGGCGUCCUGGACUUCGGCCAGAGGAUUAAGUCAGAGGGCAACGAGGCCUUCAUGAAUGAGAACUGGGAAGGGGCACUGACAAGGUACUGCCAGGGGGAUGAGAUGCUCAAGAAUUUUGCAGCCGAGCCUCAUCUUGAAAAGGAGAACAAGGAGCUGAAGGUCAUGCACCGCCAGUGCUUGAACAACAAGGCCAAUGCAGCUCUGAUGGUGGAUCAGUGGCAGACGGCAUUGAGAGCGGCAGAUGCUGCCUUGAAGUUGAAGAUGGACGAUGAGAAGGCCUUGUUCCGAAAAGCGCAGGCACUCGAGGGUCUUGGUCGAACAGACGAGGCUUUGGAAGCUCUUGACGAAGUAGAGCAGAUCGCGGAGGACAUGGACGAGGAGUUCAGGGAACAGAUCCUCGACGACGUGCGCGAGCGAAAGGAGGAGAUCAAGUCGAUCGAACGGAAGGCAGCGAAAGACUUCAACAGCAUGUUCAAAGCCAUGGGCGACAAGCAGGUUUUCGGCAGUGGGCGUUUCCUGGCAGAUGGCACAUCGCCGCCGCCAGCUUUGACAGGCGCGGAAGAAAGGAAGAUGAAGCGCCUCAAGGAGCAGGAAGAGUACAGGGCCGCCAAGGCCAAGCACGACUUGGAGCAAAGACGGAAGGAGGGCAAACCCAUCAUCGACCAGCCGAAGGAGCCGGAGAUGCCAACGCCCAACAGGCCACCGUUUGGAUACCGUUCAGCCGAGCGGACCAGGACACUCACCAAGGCGCAAGCAGAGCAGCUCCUGGAGGAGCUCCUUGGUACCUACAGCGUUGAGGGCUUCCAGAAGAAGGUGCAUGCUGAUGCCAAGGCCGUUAUGUUUGAGCUCCAGCCCUUCCUCAAGCGGCUCAAGAAGACGGCCUUUGUGGUGCAGGAGCCCCUGCUCUCCAAGUGGGGCUUCGACCCCUCGGAGGAAGGCUUGGCCGAGAUGAUGGUCUGCCUCAGUGAUCACACCCUUCGAGACCAAGCGCUUCGGAAGCUUGCAGAUGAGACCACGAAGAUGCUGUAUGGAGGGGAAGACGGUAUGUGGGGUAUGGACGAGCUGAUGUUCAACUACCGCCAGAAUUUUCUAUUUGGUUUCGAUUCAUCGCUGUACCUUGGUGGAGACCAGCCAGUGUCACAGCAGCGUGUUCUGGAGCAGCUCGUGCAGUGCGACAAGGGAGAGCUCCUCGGGCACCUCCAGCCGCUGAACGUCCAGAGCUGGGAGCGCUGCGUGUCCUCUUCAUGGCAUCCUGUUCUGCUGCGCUUCGACACCAUCCUGGGAGAAUAUCUGACCAGUGGACAGGGCCAAGGCAGCCAUUCCGAGUCAGAGGAGCUCCUUUGCGAGGUGCUCCGGGUUCUGCACGAUGUCUUGCUGCUUCACCAGGAGCUGAAAGGUCCUGUGGAGAAACUCCGGGAUCUUCUGCAGUGCUCACAUCUGAAAGUGCUGCUUGGAGCACUGCGCUGCCUAGCUGCUUGCCCACCGAGCAGGCACAUGCAAGCAGGGCAUGCUGCCUCCCUCGAGAGGCGUCUGGAGGUGCUUGCGUGCGGAGGAGGUUUCCUGGAGACAGGCAGCUUCCGCGAUGCCUGCAGCUCCGAGGCUCCAGCUGACGUCCGGCAGCCGGAUGAGAUGGAGGUAGACACUGAGCCCACUGAGCCCACUGAGCCUGGCCCUGAGGCGAUGCUUCGACGCAGACUUUGGUCUCGUGCUCGUACGCUCGAUGGUCGGAGAGAGGUUGUCGCCGUUGCAUUGCUUGCAAUAUGCAACGCCGUGAAGCACAUGCGCGCUUGGGUCCUGCAGCAGUACCUGCAGAAGAGGCCUGGGCUGUUGUCAGAGCUCUGUGAGAUGUUGCAAUCUCUCCGGUCCAUCGGGACUGACGCAGGCAUCGCGGCUUUGAGAGUCACUGCUGCCUUCCUGGAUUCACGCUUCGGCCAAAGUCGAUCAGAAGCGUCUCAGCUGUCUCAAAUGCUGGGCCUCUCGCUCCCUCACGGCAUCGUUGCAUGUGCACUUCGGGGUCUUCUUGGGCACCACCCACCAGACGAUCAGCUCGAGGACCACAACGCUCUCCUAUCAGCAGCUUUGGACCUCUUUCAGAUCACAACCGUCAACAACCACCAGAGCACCGUGCAGCUCGGGCAUGCAGGCAUGCUCCUCGCCAUGUUGGAGCUCAUGCAGAGAACUGAUGUUCCCUCCUUAGCAGCCGUGGCUUCCAUGCUGCGUUGCCUCGAGCUCGCCUCGGAGGUAUCCGGUACAGCAGCCUUGGUUCUCUUUCGCGACUUCAACGGCCUCCAGGCCUUGGACUUCACGGGCGAUGCGGGGGCCCUUGAGAUGGAGCCGCCGCCUGCCACUGCACCGGCGGAGGAGCGGCAAAGGCACCUGGGUGGACUUUCCAGCCUGUGCACCAGGAUUAAGGGUAUGGGCCGGUAUGAGUUGAAGAAGCGUGGCGCCAGCUUUGCAGUUAGAGUGGAGCUUAGACGCCCUUACGUUGGCACGAAGAUGCCGGCCAUCAUUCUUGAGAUGACGUUUGUCUCCUUUCAGUUUCCUGCAGAAUCAUGGCCAACUGCUGCCGUGGCUGCCAGCACCUGCAGCUGCAAGCAACUCCGAGCAACUCCGAGCAACUCCGAGCCGCAGCGCAGGUUCCGCGCUCUCUUGGAGGAGGUGUCGGCCAGGAUGAAAAACAUCCAGACGGCAAUUCAAUGCUCGGAGGUCUUGCAGGCUGGCCUUGCUAACGUCUUCCAGGGUGCCAUGAUGGAUGCCUUGAAGGUCGCCGUAAAGGCAGCUCCUGUGCGGGUGGGAUUGUCUCUCUUUGGCACAGCUAUCGACAUCGUGUCGACUGUCAUCCAAGAUGAUCCCUCCAGAGUGCCGCAGCUCAUAGAGACGAAAGUGCUGCCUGCUAUGAUGGAAGCCAUCAGCAGGGAGACGAUGCGUAGCACGGAGUGCCUCUCCUUCGUGCCGGGCAUCCUGGCCUCCAUCGCCUUGCAUGCUGUGGGUGAGGACUUCAUCCUGGGCCUAGCAUCAAGGCCCAUCCAGCUGCUCAUCGACGUCCUGGUCGAUCCCACCUUCAUUCCACUUCUGUACUCGCAGGCGGUGGCAGCCUCAGGUCCAGCGCUGUAA